UCGCUCUGGUCGUCACUUCCGCCCGAUAUACAAGGGGCGAUGAAGGCUGCUUGGGGCUUCGCGCCGGGAUCGCCUCCGCGGGACGGUUCGGGCUCUGCCCGGAGGAGCCCCUUGGUUUGGGGGCUUCUAUGGCUGGGGCUGUGGUGGUGGCGGGUCUCCGGGAUGGCCACUCCGGACCAGGUGAAACCCCGUAUCGUCAUGGAGCAAUUGCUCUGGGUCAGUGGCGGCGCAAUCGGGGAGGUAAAUACCUUCAGGAUCCCUCUCAUCACAGCGACACCUUACGGCACCCUUCUGGCUUUUUCGGAAGCCAGGAAGGCUUCUUCUGCUGACAGCGGAGCUAAAUUCAUAGCCCUUCGCAGAUCACUAGACAAAGGUGCUAACUGGAGUCCAACUUCAUUCAUAGUUGAUGAUGGUUCCCUCAUAGACGGCCUCAGCCUCGGAGCUGUGGUGGUAGAUUGGGAAAAGGACACUUUGUUCUUGGUAUAUACUCUCUGUGCACACUACCGUGCAUGUUCCACUGCCAGUGUCAUGAUCAUUCGCAGCUUGGAUGACGGGAUCACGUGGAGCCGUCCGCGGAACCUCUCUGAGGAAGUUGGCACGACCAUGUUUGCCCCUGGACCAGGCUAUGGCAUCCAGAAACGCUACGAGCCCAAGAAGGGACGCUUGAUUGUUUGUGGUCAUGGGACUUUAGAGCUGGACGGGAUCUCCUGCCUCCUCAGUGACGACCACGGCAUGACCUGGUAUUAUGGGAGACAGCCCUUGCAUGGCAUCCCUUACGGACUGGAGAAGAAUUUCAGUGACUUUAAUCCUGACGAAUGCCAGCCCUAUGAGCUGCCAGAUGGCUCCGUGGUGGUGAACGCCCGGAAUGAAAAUUUCUACCACUGCCGAUGUCGCAUUGUGGUUCGCAGUUACGACGGUUGCGAUACCCUUCCGGUGGAGAACGUGAAAUUUGAUGAGGGUUUAGUGGAUCCCGCAGUGGCUGCAGGAGCUCUUGUCAAAUCUGGUUUGGUUUUCUUCACCAAUCCAGCCCAUCGUCAGCUGCGGGUUAACCUGACACUACGCUGGAGUUUCACCAACGGGUCUUCUUGGUGGAAGGAACCCCUGCUGAUCUGGAGAGGCUCCAGCGGCUAUUCCUCCAUGACUACCCUGGAGGGAAAUUCUCUGCAGGAUGACCACUCUCUCUUUAUCAUUUACGAGAAGGGCGAGGUCGAAUAUACAGAAAGCAUCUCCGUGGUCAAGAUUAGCCUCAACGGGCAGCUCUGACCCUCUUUUCCGGGGCAUCUUAAAACAUUAUCAAAGUUUGUCACGGCAGGGAAAGGAAAAUGUGUGCUUGGACUGGGGAGAAACCAAACGAACUGGAGUUUUGGGGAUCUAAAGAAUGCAAUUGAAGGAUGUGGGUAGAGAGCUUGGUCAUGUCCCAGCAGAAGUCGGACCAGCUAAAGAGGACCGCAUAUUUAUUUUCCAGUCUUUGUGCCUGGGCAACACACACUCCUGAAUCUCUCUUAUUAUUUCUUUCUCUGACCUUCUGAGGUCGAAUCUGUUUUUCCUGUGCUUUUCCUCACAUUUAUGGAAUGUGUAUAGAUUUAUAGAAAUUGUGGGUAGAGCAGGUAGGGAUGUGCAGAUCCCUGGAACGAAACAGAAAGAGGCAAACUCGAUCAGGUUUGUGAAGAAUAAAUUUAUGCACUUUCUACUGACUUUCUGAACAAUAAAAUGGAAUCAAGAGCAGAAGCUGUCCCUUGCUGGAUCCAAAA